UGCAUCUUCAGUUCCUUCUGUCUUUCCCUCACUAACAAUAUACUAAGUUCUUCUCUCUCUCUCUCUCUCUCACUUCAGAUCCAUUACUCUCUCUCUCUCUCUAGUUUCUUUCUGUUUUGACAAACCCUUCUCUGUCCCCCUCAAACCUUAAACACAGGAAGAUUAUCCUAGGUGCUGCAGCUGAAGGACUGUGAAGAUGCUAGAGAAAGUGGAAGUAUUUGACACGGAAAAAGUGAUAGAGGAAUUUGAGGCUCUGACAAAGGAUGCUGAGAGGAUUCAAAGGGAAACACUGAAAAGGAUCUUGGAAGAUAACGCAUCAGCUGAAUACUUGCAGAGUUUGGGACUCAAUGGAAGAACUGACCCUGAGAGUUUCAAGGCCUGUGUCCCUCUAGUCACUCACAAGGACUUGGAGCCUUACAUCAACAGAAUGAUUGAUGGUGAUGGUGAUUCUCCUAUUCUCACUGGAAAACCCAUCACAACCAUUUCUUUAAGUUCUGGCACUACUCAGGGUAAUCCAAAACAUGUACCAUGGAAUGAUGAAUUGUUUAAAACCACAGUGCAGAUAUAUCACACCUCUUUUGCCUUUAGGAACAGAGAGUUUCCCAUAAAAAAUGGAAAGGCUUUAAGCUUUAUCUACAGUAGCAAGCAGUUCAAAACAAAAGGGGGUCUUGCAGCAGGAACUGCUACAACCAAUGUGUUCCGCAAUUCAGGGUUCAAGCGUGCAAUGAAAGCACUUCAGUCCCAAUGUUGCAGUCCAGAUGAAGUGAUAUUUGGUCCUGAUUUUCACCAAUCAUUGUACUGCCAUCUCUUGUGUGGGCUAAUUUUCAGGGAGGAAGUUCAGUUGGUGUCUUCUACAUUCGCACAUAGCAUUGUCCAUGCUUUUAGAACCUUUGAACAAGUGUGGGAAGACCUAUGUGCUGAUAUCCGUGAAGGGGUCCUUACAAGUAGGGUCACAGUUCCAUCCAUUAGAAGUGUCAUGUCUAAACUGCUCAAACCAGACCCUGAACUAGCCAACUUGAUCCACAAAAAGUGCAUGGGGUUGAGCAAUUGGUAUGGUUUGAUACCAGAGCUUUUCCCUAAUGUUAAGUAUGUUUAUGGGAUCAUGACUGGGUCAAUGGAGCCUUAUUUGAAAAAGUUGAGGCAUUAUGCUGGAGAGUUGCCUUUAUUGACUUCUGACUAUGGAUCUUCUGAAGGAUGGAUAGCAACAAAUGUGAGCCCAAGAUUGCCUCCUGAAUUGGCCACUUACACUGUGCUUCCUCAAAUUGGUUACUUUGAAUUCAUCCCUCUGACAGACAUGGAAAGAAUCUGUAUGGAUCCUAAGCCAGUGGGCCUCACUGAAGUUAAGGUCGGUGAGGAGUAUGAGAUUGUUAUUACCAAUCCAGCAGGCUUAUACCGGUAUAGGUUAGGGGAUGUGGUGAAGGUUAUGGGGUUCCAUAACUCAACUCCACAACUCAAGUUUGUUCGCAGGUGUGGUCUUCUGCUUAGCAUUAACAUUGACAAGAACACAGAGAAGGAUUUACAGUUAGCUGUGGAAGCAGCAUCUGAAUUGUUAGCAGAGGAAAAAUUGGAAGUUGUUGACUACACUAGCCAUGUUGAUUUAUCCAAAGAACCAGGGCACUAUGUUAUCUUCUGGGAAAUCAGUGGUGAUGCAAGUGAAGAAUUGCUUAGUGAAUGCUGCAACUGUUUAGAUAAGUCUUUUGUUGAUGCUGGCUACACUAGUUCUCGUAAAGUCAAUUGCAUUGGGCCCCUUGAACUCCGAGUUGUUAAGAGAGGAACAUUUCAAAAGAUUCUUGAUCAUUACCUAGGAUUAGGUGCUGCUGUUAGUCAGUUCAAGACACCAAGAUGUGUAGGUCCUAAUAAUAGCAAAGUGUUGCAAAUAUUGUGUGAAAAUGUUGUGAAGAACUAUCUCAGUGCUGCUUUCAAUUGAAUAAA